AUGCACAAGUGGUGUGGAACAUCGGGCCAAAAUAUUUCAGCCUCCACCGCUUUCCGAGUUCCUCGAAAUCUUCUCGCUCGUGAGCUCCCCAUUAUGAAAUUGAUCAAAUACGACUCGAAGAACUCCAGCAACUUCCAGGGCCAUGAUUCAUUAUUAUAUUUGGGUCGCAUCAUGACUAAUUUAAUCUCAACAGUGACAAGGUGGCCUCUCCCAACGUUUGGUCUAGAUCCUCUUCUCUGGAAUCGCUUCCUGCGGUCUCGCUGCCACCAACCUUUUGCUGUUUCAUUAAUCGCCAUGACCCCAACUCUCCAUGAUGUAUUUCUACCAAACGACAACAACAUGGUUUGCUUAGAUAUUUUUGCAGCCUGUUUGUGAUGAGCUAUUACUGAUCUUCCAUCUUCCCU